AUGGCGUGGGCCCAAUCAACCCCAGGCUCUAGCGGCCGUGCUGCUACGCCCACCGUAUUCGAACAACAGCGUGAGGGACUCGUGCGGGAAAUCGCAGUGGGCAUGGAGCAGGUCCUCCAGAACAUGAAUCGACUGAACCGAAACCUGGAGAGCAUUAUCACGGUCGGGAACGAGUUCGGAUCUGUAGAGGCUCUCUGGUCACAAUUUGAGAAUUUUAUGGGCAAACAAGACGAAGAGGGUGAAGAAGCUGUUCAAGGGAAGAGGCAUGUGAGUGGGGAGAGUGAUAGGCAAAUCAAGUCGGAUACACCGCAAGAGGAUGAUGAGUCGAUGGCCCAGUGA